CCCUCCUUCAGCCCAGCUGGUAUAUGUAUAAGUGCUGUUUAUGUUGUGAAGUUGUGCAAUCCCAUCACUUCGCUGGGAGACAUUGACAGAUCUCGUCCAUUUAUCGCCGAUUUUAGUUUAAUAUCAGAAUUAUUUAUCGAAACGCGUAUGUCAAAUCCAAUGUACACCAGUGUUAUGGGUUUGGCUACGUAGGCUUAGCCGCAACUACUGCUGUGACAGUCAUCUGGCCAUUUCGGCAGGAAGGAGGAAAAAAAAAUAAAGUGCAUUAAGCACUUAGAACAUUCUUUAUUAUUCUUGGGUGCAAGGUAUCCACACAUAAACAUGGCAUCAGACUGUUCCUCCCUUGACUUGAGGUCCCCAGAGUCUCUUCGACGGCGACCUGGCGAGACUCGAGCCAUCCUGCGAAACUUAAUUCGGCGGGAGAUCUCAGCUGCUCGCGUUGCCUUGGAGGCUGUCCAAUGUGGCAAGCAGCUAGAGCAACAUGUACCUUAUGUGAACCAUGCCGUCCACAUACUUACAGCCCCAACUGGCCAAGUCCAUCUGAGGGUCAACUGUUCCACAGCAUCUGGAGAAGACAAGAUACUGGAUGCUGAAGUGUCCCUUGUUGAAGGAAGUUCCAAAGAGAAAGCCUCGAUGGCACGUCUUGCUCUGUAUCUCUUGGUAACCAGAGGUAGACUAAGUAAGGUUGUUAAAAAAAACAAUUCAGAAAAUCUUUCUGUUGGGCCUUUUCUGUUGACUUCAGAACCAUUUGAAAUGAAAAGAGAAAAAAUUGAGUUUUUGGAAAAUAAUGAGAUCUUUAAGGCCAGUGCUGUGGAAAGGCUAGGUUGUGGUACUGAUAAAGAAUGGUCAGCACGUGUUCUACAAGUUGUUGCCCCUCGCUUGGAGAAGAUCAAUGUCAACAGUGUUGGCAUUGCACACUUGCAGAUUCUUGCAUUAAUGUCAAGACUCCGACAGAUCAAGUAUACGGGUGUUAAUGAUGAUUUUGCGUGGGAUGACCUUACUCCAUUUGAUUGGAAUGAUGAAGGCCGAUCAAAUUUAGAGAGCAAUGACCCUCAAGACACCACUAGGCCAUUUUGGCUCACAGACUUACCAAAAGAUUCAAGUGCUGGCUUGGUGUCUAUCUGGGCUGAUUUACCCCGACAAUUGCUGCUUCCCCUGAUAGUUCAGCACCGGCAUACAUUGCGUGAGCUGACCGUGGUUGCAGGAUUACACAACUCUGGAGAAGACACUUACGAUUGGGAGAGACACUGGAGUCGGUACUGCGACGACCUGCCUCUCCGGCUGGCCGAGCUACUGGAGCGCUUCCCCCUGCCGGCGCUGAGGCUCGUCAAGCUGUGCCGGGAAAUCAGCCAUAGCGAAGAGGAGCACGCCCUCUGCGACAAGCAGCUGCGCGCCGUGAGGAGGGUCCUCGGCCCCAGGGUGACAGUGUUCUGCACCAACUGCGGCUGAGCCUCGGCCUGAGCCGUGUGUGGGACAAUGAGGGCUGCAGCUGCUUGGCGGGUUUGCCUACCCAGCGUCUUGGAGUCUCUAUCCGCCACAACCACAGUCCAGUCUACUCUUUUUCACAAAGUGAGUAAAUGGCAUUGUGUGUUACAAAAAUUGUGAUAUUUUUUGUUGCAACCAAAAACAAAAAAAUAAAAUUCGAUAUUUAACCAAAAAAAAAAAAAAAAGGUUU